AUGGUUGAGCAGCGACUUGAGCAGACAGACAAGAAGAAUAACAGCACAAGGAGCUGGAUGUUGGACCAGAGGCGGGAGCAUCGGAAGGAGGGAGCGGGAGCCGGAGCAGGGAGAGCGAGCAGCAGGCCCUUGGCGAUUCUGCAGCACAACUUCACGGGGAAGGAAGAGAUCAUCCGGUUUCAAGCGCAGGCCUGGGAGGAGGCGAGGUUGCUCAAGGAAGCCUACUGGCUGAUAGGAGGAGAUUCGAGGCCGCUCUCGAGGAGACGCGAAGUGCUUGCGAUGCAGGUCAAGCACGAGGCUCAGCUGAACAGGUACAUGGGCUCCAUGAUGGAGCUCCUGCAGGAGAAGCCGCUAGCCCAGCUGGAAGGCUCCUCGGAAAGCUUCCGCAGCCAAUGGAGGAGAGGACCUGGGGCUCUGCUGGGCUUGCUGCUCCGCACCUCGAUGAUGAUCUCGAGCUUCGUCUUCGUCUCCUGCCUCCUCCUCCUCCAGCUCGGGGUCGUUGGGGUCAGGACUUGCCUCUGGAUCCUGCUGUGGGGGAUGGACUACGGGAACAGGAGGGAGUGGUGGAUCCCUGAGCUGGUGGAGAGCGUGAUGUGGCUGCGGCACGAGCUGAUGUCCGGCUCUCUGUCGAAGCAGCUGCAGGGAGUCUACGAGGAGGGGAGGAGGAUGGCGCAAACUACCGUCUUGUUCCUACUUUCUCUCUUCUCCCCUGAGAUCCAGUCGAAGUUCAUCCAGUACGCCUCCUCCGCCAAGACCAGAGGCCAAGACUACUUCAGGCAGCUCCGGAGCAAGAUUCUUGAGGUCAGAGAUCUCGUCGAGGAGGAACGAGGGGGAGCAGGUCAAGGACGAGUAAGCGAGGGGGAGGGAGCAGGGCAGGGAAGAGGAGGGAGUGGCUCGAAGGCCAGCGGGCAGGUGGACUUCGCGUCGAAGCUGGAGGACGCGAGAAGGGCAUCGGAAGCCAGGAUGACGAGGAGGCUGGGGUUUGAGCCGCUCAAGGAGGCAUUCAACGUGACGUCCAGCUGGACUGAAGCUGGCGAUGACAACCUGACUCGAGCUGAGGACCCCGGGCAGCUGGAGAGGCCGAGCAAGAGAAGCAUGACGAUGCGCCUGCUCAAGAACAUGUCGGCAGCUGUGACCAGCUCGGUGUCAGCUGGGGUAAGCAUGACCCUCAACUUCUCCCCUCCUGACGUGGGGAACGUGAGCGGGGAGGUGCUGGGCGUCGCCUCCUCCUGGCUCGCGACAGCAGGGAACAUCGCCAACGACUUGGGGGUGGGACACUGGCAGGGGAACCUGACGAGCUGGUUGGGAGGGGGCGGGAAGGAGGAGGAGAACAAGAGCUCGUGGCAGCAGAUGCUGUCGGGCGUCACGGAAGGAACUUCGCGCGCCCUGUCGUCUCUGCAGUUGAGCAUCGGCAGCCUCGACCAGUCGCUCAUGACGGCUGUGGAUGCGACGGAGUUGGCUGUGAGCAAGGCGCUCACGCAAACGACGGUUGCGCUGCCAUGGCUGCAGAGUGCGGAGGACUGGGUCCGCGGGAACGAGUUCGCCAUGAGGAAGUACCUUCAGGUUCAGCAGAGGUGGCAUGCGCUGCUGCUGUGGGGGCAGCCGAUCUGGGAGAAGGUGGACAUGUGGGCAAAGGAGGUUAAGAUCCCAGAGCUAGCGCAGAGAAUCCUCCUCAAUGCCAUCUACUACCGCCUUCAAUACUUCGGUGUGAGGAACAUGCUUGUCCUCGUCGUUGCCCAUGGCGUCAUCCAUGCACGGCAAGAGCGACGCCCGCCAGCUCCCCGAAAAGCCAUCGGAGGGCUCAAGGGCAUGGCAGUGAAGAUUCAAGUCUCCAUCCUUGACGUCUUCCGUGCUGUCCCUCUAGCUGGACGUCUGGAGCCUCCGGGGGAGCCGACGAGUCCAGCAGCAGCGGCAGACCCUCAAGCCUCCUCCUCAGUUAAGACGACCGAGUGA